UACCCUUGAGAAGGGAACGAGUUUUCAGGGAUAGGCGCUAUCUUCUGAAUGAAUCUGAUGAAUGGCUGAUGAACAGAUUCCGUCUUCCAAGGCAUCUUCUCCUGGAGCUGUGCAAUAACUUGGAGCCCUACCUCCAACGUGAAACCCGGCGGUCAAGGGCCUUACCUAUUCCAGUCCAGGUUCUCUCCACACUGGGGUUCUUGGCCACUGGAACUUUUCAACAGGAGAUUGCAGACAGGUCUGGCAUAUCCCAACCCACCAUGAGCCGCACGCUGUCAUCCGUGCUGGCUGCCAUCAGGACUCUCAUCCCACAUUACAUACAAUUCCCUUAUGACAAUGCCCAGCAAACAAUGAUUAAAAGGGGGUUUUAUGAGAUUGCUGGGAUUCCAAAUGUCAUAGGUGCAAUUGACUGUACCAACGUGCGUCUGAAACCACCAUCGGUUAAUGAUUACGCAUACAUCAACCGCAAAAAUUAUCAUUCAGUCAAUGUGCAAAUAAUUUGUGAUGCCAGACUCUGCAUAUUAAAUGUUGUGGCAAGAUGGCACCCACGGUGCUUACAUUUUUGAGCACAGCAGCGUGCGCAGACGACUGCAGGAGGACACAUUAAGGCGUCUUGGUUAUCUUUUGGGUGAGUAAUAAGAGCUAAUUUAGUUUGCAAAAUAUAUUCCUUUCCUAACCUCUCUUAUCCCCUUUUGAACUUAACCCCUGUGCCAAACCCCGAGACGCAUCAGGAGCGCAACUUCAACCACGCGUAUGCACGAACACGAGCCACUGUGGAGCGCUGCGUGGGGCUUUUAAAGGUCCCAUAUGGUCAAAACUGAAAUUUUGUGGCUUUUUUCAUGAUAACUAAGGUCUAGGGGGUAUGUAAGUACCAUAUAAGUUUCAAAAUAGUCAUUUAAGGUUCAAAUGUGCAUGGCCUGCUUGAAGUUGCUGUGAGUUAAAACAUCUCGUUUGUACUUCCGUAAAAUUGCUACGUCACCGAGUCACAGUCGCCGCCUUCAGUCUCCACCCCGAGCACUGUCCACAGUCCACCGCCCCACCCCCUUUCUGUCAAAGAAACACCCAAUAGAGAAGAACGAACCGUAGAGUAAGGCGAGGAGGAAUAUCGCACCAUGUCAAGAAAACGCUGUUCAAUCGAGGGAUGUUUUGAAAACAAAUCAUUGCACAAGCUUCCGAAAAACGUGAAUAUACAAGACCAGUGGCUAAUGUUAAUUUUUUCGGAAAUUCCGCAAUUUCAACAAUAUCCGUCUGUUCCAAACAUUUCUCAAGUGACUGCUUCGUCAAUCUGGCCCAGUUCAAUGCGGGUUUCUGCAAGACUCUCCUGAUCAAAGCUGAUGCAGUCCCUACUUUGUUGGGUCCGACUUCAAAUCCACAACCCGUAAGUAAACUUUAUACACAUUUUAAAUUAUAUUAUGUAGCAGAGAAAAACGAAAUUCUAUAUAAGAAACAAUUAUGCAACGCUAACGUGAUAACGCGAUGCUUCGUAACUUUACAGUCUAUGGUAGCCACAACUUUUUAUAUAAUAUGGUGAAAGUUACAAACACCGUCGCUGUUGGUGUCUUUCAUUUUUGAGUUAAACACGUGAGGUUCAGUCAUCUCAGUCUCCGUGUUUGUGUUUUACUAACAUUUAGUACUUCCAUGGGUAACUGUAUUUCAACAGAUACGGCCUUAGUACAUCAUGUAAAUCAACUUUGUUGUAGGAGGGAGAUGUAGGGGAGGGUUUUAUGUGUGUAUGAAUGUAUUUAUUUAUAUAGUUUAUUUGUUUUGUUUUCAAAAAUCAAAGUGAUUUAUUUUUAUUUUUAGGGUACCUCACAAGAUUCUCAAACGACCAUCACCAUGACCAUCACCCACAAACAUGCAAGCACCCAAACUGACCAAAGAGCAAAGAGACCACGCCUUGAGGAGGAUGAAGAGGAGGACACAUCAAUUGAUAUUCCUGAGCCUCAUGACUCCACAUACAAUCCAGAAGAUUCUGUGACUAUAGUCACAGAAUCAUCACAAGUGUUACCCACAAAUGGAUACAGCGACACCAAGUACAUUGUUUAUGGAAGCUGCCUCUUUGAGCUUUUUGAGACCUGUCCUGUGUGCCAACGAGUUUGUGAUGUCACCCCCCUAAGACGUGGAACUUUCUUGGCCAUAGACCAACUGUGCCCGCACUGCCAGUACUCCAGAAAAUGGAAGAGCCAGCCUGUCUUUGGAAGCAACCCUGCAGUGAACUUGCAGUUGUCAGCUGCCAUAUAUUUUAGUGGUGCAUCUUUUAUUCAGAUUGAAAAGAUUUUCAAUGCGAUGCAUAUAGCGUGGUUUAAAUACGACACUUUUAGAAGACAUGCCCGGAUGUACCUGGAACCUACCAUUAUCCAUAAAUGGGGGAAGGACCAGGAGACACUUCUGCAGCGUCUGAGCCAACAUGACAAGGCCAUAAUUGGAGGUGAUAUGAGGGCGGACUCACCAGGACUUUCUGCAAAGUACGGAAGCUACAGUGUGAUGAACCUUCGGGAAGAAACGAUAAUUGAUAUUCAAUUGGUGCAGAGUAACGAAGUUGGUGGUAGCUACCAUAUGGAACUGGAGGGCCUGAAAAGGAGCCUUGCAAUGCUGGCAGCACGUGGUAUCGAGUUGGACUACAUUGUCACUGACCGUCACCCACAAAUACAAAAAUAUCUCCAAGACAACAAUAUCAAACAGUUUUAUGAUAUCUGGCAUCUGGAAAAAGGCUUGUCAAAGAAACUGGACAAGAUUGCAAAAGAGAAAGACUGUCAAGAGGUGAAAAAAUGGCAGCGUAGUAUCAAGAACCACGUAUACUGGACUGCAACAUCAUCCACCUCUGGACAAGAGAAAGUGGCAAAGUGGAAGUCACUCGUCAACCACCUGCAAGACAUCCACACUCACGAAGACCCCCUCUUUCCAAAAUGUGAACAUCCAGAAAAAAGCAGCACAGACCCGAGCAAGUGGUUGCAGCCAGCUUCUAAACCACUUUACAAAUUGGAUAAAACAUUAGUGAACAAAAGGCUCCUGAAGGAUGUCGAGAAGUUGAGUCCCCAUCAUCAGACUUCUUCCUUGGAGGCAUUUCACAGUGUAAUCUUACGUUUUGCCCCAAAGAACGUUGUCUUUCCUUACCUUGGAAUGCUGUGCAGGUUAUACUUGGCGGCCAUGCACUUCAAUGAGAAUGCUCACCGCACACAAGCAGUCUCAGCUUCUGGAAAGCCUAUUUACAAAAUCAAGUUCCCAAAAUCUAAGAAGGGGGUAUGCACUGCAAAGCCAGUAAAAACAGGGCAAACAUACAACUAUGUACAGGAGCUGAUGGAAGUCCUUUUCGAGAAUGUCUUUGACGACCCUUGACCAUACAUCAUGGAGGUAGAGAAGAUCAAAAUACCAGAACCACUUUCCUCUCAGUAUGAAAGACCUCCCAAGGAUGAAGUCAUCGCUGGCUACAUGUCACGCUUCAGUCGAGAGGUGGUCUAAACCCUACGUAGCUGCCUGUAGCUUCAGGAAACUCACGCCGUAUUCGCAGGACAACACAUGAGGGAAAGACAACCCUAACUCUCCGGCCCAAAAAGCCCCAGCACCAGCUGACAAAGCUCCUGUAUGCCAGAUACCUGUAACACCUGUUGGUGGAGGGGGAAUGAACAUUUAGUGUGCAUUACAGACAAAAAAAUCCCUAUUAUCAAUGUAUAUAUUUCUAGAUAAGGAAACCUUGUACAUAUAAAUAUGUGUAAAUACGUUACAUGAGGUAUUAUAAUACCAGAAUUGUGAUGGAAAUAUUCAUGUUGAAAUUCCAUAAAUAUUACAGCAGUAAGCAACACAGUGUGGUUGUUCUUAUCAUAUUAUAAAUACAGAAGUAUCAUUGUAAUAAAGUUUGUACUAUUUACCAAAUUCAUUGUAAUUUGUUAUUAUAUGUCACAUGGUACCAAAAACUUUACAACGCAAUUGUAAUAUUUUA